AUGGGUUAUUUAAUGCCAACAAAUAUUUUAUUACUGGCAAUAUUUUUUAUCUAUCUAUCUAUCUAUCUAUCUAUCUAUCUAUCUCAGUAUCAAACACACGAUGUUCUUUCUUUCUUUCUUUCUCACACUUUUUUAAAUCUAUCUAUCUAUCUAUCUAUUUCAAUGUGUUCAUUAUCUAUCUAUCUAUUUCAAUGUAUUCAUUAUCUAUCUAUCUAUCUAUCUAUUUCAAUGUAUUCAUUAUCUAUCUAUCUAUCUAUCUAUCUAUCUGCCAUCGUUUGUUCAUAUCUGUCUGUCCUUGACUGUUCAUAUCUAUUUUUCUAUCCGUCCUCGAUUGUUUCAAUCUCUCAAUCCAUGCCUGUUCAUAUCUAUCUAUCUAUCUAUCUAUCUAUCUUAAUCUGUUCAAUUUCUAUCUAUCUAUCUAUCUAUCUAUCUAUCCUCGUUUAUUCAUAUCUGUUUAUCCAUGUCUGUUCAUAUCUAUUUAUUCAUCUGCCCUCGUUUUUUCAAAUCUGUCUGUCCAUGACUGUUCAUAUCUAUUUUUCUAUCUGUCCUCGUUUGUUUAAAUCUCUCUAUCCAUGCUUGUUCAUAUCUAUCUAUCUAUCUAUCUAUCUAUCUAUCUAUCCUCGUUUGUCCAAAUCUGUCUAUCUGUUUAUCUAUCUGUCCUGGACGUGGAUGUAG